AUGCGCUGCAUACGUAUCAUUAUGAGCCGUCCUCCCCUCAGCAGCCUCCACUGGUGCACGUACCUGCACACACACGACACUAAUGAGACCCCGGGAGUGUUCGGCAGCACUCUUGGAGUGGACCUUUGCCGAGGCCGCAGGCGUCACUCGGGCACGCUACAGCUGCCCCCGUUGUCAUGGCGACAGGCGGAGAGGGAUCUAAGCCGCACGCCAGAGUGGGACACCAUGGCCCGGCCCACCACCCUGCCCUUCCACCCGCUGCCACAAAUCAACAUCAUCCAUGCCGACCCCGACAGCUUCGAUGUGGAGAAUGGCCCCUCUGCGUGCUGCAGCCCCUCGGGUCUCCAGGCAUCCCCUGGCUCCGGCCUGGUUCUGCACCCCAACCUGGGGGCCCACGGGCAGCGCCGAGAGUCCUUCCUCUACCGCUCUGACUCGGACUACGACCUGUCGCCCAAGUCUCGCGAGUUGUCCCGGAACUCCUCUAUCGUCGGAGAACUGCAUGGAGAAGACCUGAUCGUGACCCCCUUUGCUCAGGUUCUGGCCAGUCUCCGCACGGUACGGAACAACUUCACCACCUUGACCAAUGUACAAUGUACCUCCAAGAGAUCACCUGCUGGCCCCCAGCCUCCCGUCACCAGAGUCUGUCAGUCAGACGAGUCGUACCAGAAGCUGGCCAUGGAGACCAUGGAGGAGCUGGACUGGUGUCUGGACCAGCUGGAGACCAUCCAGACCUACCGCUCCGUCAGCGACAUGGCCUCCAACAAGUUCAAGAGGAUGUUGAACCGGGAGCUGACGCACCUGUCGGAGAUGAGUCGCUCCGGCAACCAGGUGUCAGAGUUCAUCUCCAACACCUUCCUAGACAAGCAGAAUGAGUUGGAAUUACCGUGCCCCAUGGCCAAGACCAGAGAGUGGAAGAAGAGACCCCACCACCAGACCCAGCUGGAGGGUCAGGGGACCUUGACCCAGAUCAGCGGGGUCCGGAAGCUCAGCCAUUCCACUGGGCUCCAAGGCAGCAGCAUCAGCCGCUUUGGGGUCAAGACAGAUCAGGAGGACCUGCUGUCUAAGGACCUUGAGAACAUCAACAAGUGGGGUUUGAACAUCUUCAGGGUGGCCGAGCACUCCCACAACCGCCCGCUCACAUGCACCAUGUACACCAUCUUCCAGGAGCGAGACCUGAUGAAUACGUUUAAAAUCCCCACGGACACCUUCGUGACCUUCAUGAUGACCCUGGAGGCCCACUACCACUCAGACGUAGAAUACCACAACAGCCUCCACGCUGCAGACGUGGCCCAGUCCACACACAUCCUGCUCUCUACACCCGCUCUGGACGCCGUCUUCACGGAUCUGGAGAUCUUGGCGGCCGUCUUUGCGGCAGCCAUCCAUGACGUGGACCACCCUGGGGUCUCCAACCAGUUCCUCAUCAACACCAACUCAGAGCUGGCCCUGAUGUACAACGAUGAGUCUGUCCUGGAGAACCACCACCUGGCUGUGGGCUUUAAGCUGCUGCAGGAAGACAACUGUGACAUCUUCCAGAACCUGACCAAGAAAGAACGCCAAUCCCUCCGCAGGAUGGUCAUAGACAUGGUCCUGGCCACAGACAUGUCUAAACACAUGAGCCUAUUGGCUGACCUGAAGACCAUGGUGGAGACCAAGAAGGUGACCAGCUCUGGAGUGCUGCUGCUGGACAACUACACAGACAAGAUACAGGUGAUGCGUAACAUGGUUCACUGUGCUGACCUCAGUAACCCCACCAAGUCUCUGGACCUUUACCGUCAGUGGACCGACCGCAUCAUGAACGAGUUCUCCCACCAGGGAGACCGCGAGAGGGAGAAAGGCAUGGAGAUUAGCCCCAUGUGUGACAAGCAUACGGCUUCAGUGGAGAAGAGCCAGGUGGGUUUCAUAGACUACAUCGUCCACCCUCUGUGGGAGACGUGGGCCGACCUGGUGCACCCAGACGCCCAGGACAUCCUGGACACCCUGGAGGACAACAGGAACUGGUACCAGAGCAUGAUCCCUCAGAGGCCCUCUCCCCCCUUCUGCACCGGUGACAGAGAGGGGGACGGAGAGGGAGGACACAGAUUCCAGUUUGAGCUGACGCUAGAUGACGAACAGGAUGGAGAGAUGGGAGUGGAGGAGGGCGAGAGAGGGACGGAAGAGGGGUGGUCGCCAGUUGACCAGGGCGGAGUGUAGAUGAACACACGUGGGGCUUCCCCCACAUAAUGAGCCGUGACCUGCUAUCUUCAUAAAUGGAAGCACCAGUUUUAGGUUGUGUUUCACAUCUUGUUCUACUGCAGUGGAGGAAUCCUGCAGUCUGGCUCUUUGGCGUUGCUCUGCUUAUGCACUAGGGCCUGACUGGCUUUGGAUCCAUGCAGAAGAGGGUGGGGAACCACAACACUUGAUUUGGGAGCCCUCAGGAAGAAGAGUAUGAAGAGUUGAAGAGUGAUGCCUUGAAGGAGUCCUGUUGAAAAUGCUAGUGUGUGACAGAAGUACCGUAUCUUGGUUUUUGAUAGCCAGAUAAUACAAUCUUUGUUCUGACAAAUACUGAAGAUGAAACUAAGCUAGGCGAAGACACUCUGUUGCGUUCAAUUGGGACAAGAUGAAAUACUUGCACUUCAGAGUGAUCUUUGUUCUUCGUGACUAUUUUCGAGUACAUGUUUUGUUUUGUAACAGGAUGGGAUGUUGCCGGGUAGCAUCCUAUGUUCAAACUAGUGAUCUACAGGUGUUUAUAACAAAGAACAUCUACCCUAAGAACCCUACCCUUUUUGUGACAAGUGUUUAAAGACUUUUGUGUGCCUUUUGUUUUUUACGACAGGGUAUUUUGGACGUGAUUUUAUCAUUUAUUGAACAGGUUUGAACACGUCUUCCUGAUGUUUUUCCGGCAAUAGUCGCACAAGUUGCACUUUUUCUAAGGGUAGGAAGGGAGCUGGGAACAUGUUUAAACUAAAGAGUCAAUAAAUCUACUAAUGAGAGGUUCUUCAUUACAGCCAAUUCAUGACUCUAUACAUGUAUUGUUAUAUGGUACCUCACACAUUUCAAUUCAAUAUCAACAAAUGCCACAGAACCUACAAGUUCCAUAUUCACAGCAAAAGGCAGUUUGCAAACCUGUUACUUUUGAUUUGACAUAUUUGCUUCACCGUAAAGCAAUGAUCUCGAUCUUUUCCCAUGUAAUCUGUCAAAACCAAUACGCUCCGAAGACGUCCUGACUAAUGCACAUUAACAGCCGAAUGGAACUCUGCCCUAGGAGAGGUGUAUUGCCAUACCUGAUUAAUGCACAUUAACAGCCGAAUGGAACUCUGCCCUAGAGAGGUGUAUUGCCAUACCUGAUUAAUGCACAUUAACAGCCGAAUGGAACUCUGCCCUAAGAGAGGUGUAUUGCCAUACCUGAUUAAUGCACAUUAACAGCCGAAUGGAACUCUGCCCUAAGAGAGGUGUAUUGCCAUACCUGAUUAAUGCACAUUAACAGCCGAAUGGAACUCUGCCCUAAGAGAGGUGUAUUGCCAUACCUGACUAAUGCACAUUAACAGCCGAAUGGAACUCUGCCCUAAGAGAGGUGUAUUGCCAUACCUGAUUAAAACUUCAAUCAAAUUUCUUCAUAUAUAUAUAUAUAUAUAUAUAUAUUUUUUUUAAUAUAUUUGUAAUUUUCCAUAUCACCCUUCCAAGAAUGGAAGAGGUGUAAAUUUGAUCUCUUAAUAUAAUGAAUGCAUAUAAUUAAAUAAUUGAGGCCAAUCAAAGUAAACCUUUGAAUGGUUUCUUUCUAGACAGAGAGACAUCUGAUAUUCUGAAGCCCCAGACCAAAGUCAAAAAAACAAACCUCUAUUCAACAAUGUCUGAUGUCAGCUAAUGUUACUAUUUUGCCAUAUCCUCCUUGAGCUGACACCUCACAAGUUUAGGCAGAAAUGGCAGAACAAAAACUAAACCAAAAAACAGAUGGCACCUUUUUAAAUGUUGAUUCAAUGAUAAUUUAAUGUAAUCUAAAAUGUCCCCUGUAGUUUUCUCCAUAAUUUCUGUCAAGCACUUUGACCAGUUGGAUAGCUCAGCGCCUAGUCUGUCAGCAAUACAUCUAAAUGGUACUGCGAUGUAAACUGCAGCUCUCAGCUGUGGGGAGAUCAGCAGAACAUCACUAUGUGACAACAUUUCCCACAUUGACUCUGCGUGUGUGUGUGUGUGUGUGUGUGUGUGUGUGUGUGUGUGUGUGUGUGUGUGUGUGUGUGUGUGUGUGUGUGUGUGUGUGUGUGUGAAUGAGGAAAACUUAGCCACUCAAUCUCCUCUUCUUUUCACCUAGUCCUGUGUCAAACCUUGAACUGUCUGAAACAGUGUAUUUAUGAUCUUUCAUCUGUAAAUAGAGUAAUAUUUAUAAAAUGUACAUUUGGUAUCAUUUAUAUGCACUACCAUUACCUGUCAAAACAAGUCAAACAUUUGUUCAACUGUAUAAUUCUCAAGAUUUACACGGAACAUUCUUAAACAGCCUUUCAGAUUCACAAUAUUCACAAUGGUGACAUUGUGAAUUGUUAAACUGAUUGCCAAGAAAUGUCAAUUGUCAACUUGAAUUUCUCAAUAAAUUGUUUUUGGGAAAUACUCUCAAACUAAACAAUUCCAGGAUUUGAAAUUCAAAUGGUUGGUUAAGAUCUGGAAAUCCCUAAAUCUACAGUAGUCUAUAGUAGUCUACAGUAGUCUACAGUAGUCUAUAGUGGUCUUCAGUAGUCUAUAGUAGUCUACAGUAGUCUAUCGUGGUCUUCAGUAGUCUUCAGUAGUCUACAGUAGUCUAUCGUGGUCUUCAGUAGUCUACAGUAGUCUACAGUAGUCUAUCGUGGUCUUCAGUAGUCUUCAGUAGUCUAUCGUGGUCUUCAGUAGUCUACAGUAGUCUAUCGUGGUCGUCAGUAGUCUAUAGUGGUCUUCAGUAGUCUACAGUAGUCUAUAGUAGUCUUCAGUAGUCUAUAGUAGUCUAUAGUGGUCUUCAGUAGUCUAUAGUAAUGUACAGUAGUCUACAGUAGUCUAUCGUGGUCUUCAGUAGUCUACAGUAGUCUAUAGUGGUCUUCAGUAGUCUACAGUAGUCUAUAGUGGUCUUCAGUAGUCUAUCGUGGUCUUCAGUAGUCUACAGUAGUCUAUAGUGUUCUUCAGUAGUCUAGUAGUCUAUAUUGGUCUUCAGUAGUCUACAGUAGUCUAUAGUGGUCAUCAGUAGUCUACAGUAGUGGUCUUCAGUAGUCUAUAGUAAUGUACAGUAGUCUAUAGUAAUGUACAGUAGUCUACAGUAGUCUAUAGUGGUCUUCAGUAGUCUACAGUAGUCUAUAGUGGUCUUCAGUAGUCUAUAGUAGUCUACAGUAGUCUAUAGUAAUGUACAGUAGUCUACAGUAGUCUAUAGUGAUGUACAGUAGUCUAUAGUAAUGUACAGUAGUCUAUAGUAGUCUACAGUAUUCUAUAGUGAUGUACAGUAGUCUACAGUAGUCUAUAGUAGUCUACAGUAAUCUAUAGUCGUCUAUAGAUGUCUAUAGUAAUGUACAGUAGUCCACAAUAGUCUAUAGUAGUGUACAGUAGUCUACAGUAGUCUAUAGUAGUCUUCAGUAGUCUACAAUAGUGUACAGUAGUCUUCAGUAGUCUACAGCAGUCUAGUAGUCUACGGUGGUCUAUAGUAGUGUACAGUAGUCUACAGUAGUCUAUAGUAGUCUACAGUAGUGUUAAGUAGUCUAUAGUAGUCUACAGUAGUGUACAGUAGUCUAUAGUAGUGUACAGUAGUCUACAGUAGUCUAUAGUAGUCUACGGUGAUCUAUAGUAGUGUACAGUAGUCUAUAGUAGUCUACAGUAGUCUACGGUGGUCUAUAGUAGUAUACAGUAGUCUAUAGUAGUCUACAGUAGUCUACAGUAGUCUUCAGUAGUCUAUAGUAGUCUACAGUAGUCUAUAGUAGUGUACAGUAGUCUACAGUAGUCUACAGUAGUCAAACACAUAACAUCUCUUGGGCGGUGCUUGGCAGAAACGUAAUUCCUUGGUUUUAUAUUGUCUAUAGUAGUCUAUAGUAGUCUACGGUGGUCUAAAGUAGUCUAUAGUAGUCUAUAGUAGUCUACAGUAGUCUAUAGUAGUCUAUAGUAGUCUACAGUAGUCUAUAGUCGUCUACAGUAGUCUACAGUAGUCUAUAGUCGUGUACAGUCGUAUACAGUAGUGUACAGUAGUCUAUAGUAGUCUACAGUAGUCUAUAGUAGUCUAUAGUAGUCUUCAGUAGUCUAUAGUAGUCUAUAGCAGUCUACGGUGGUCUAUAGUAGUGUACAGUAGUCUAUAGUAGUCUACAGUGGUCUACAGUAGUCUAUAGUAGUCUACAGUAGUCUAUAGUCGUGUACAGUAGUAUACAGUAGUCUACAGUAGUCUAUAGUAGUCUAUAGUAGUCUACAGUAGUCUACAGUAGUCUAUAGUAGUCUACAGUAGUCUAUAGUCGUGUACAGUAGUAUACAGUAGUGUACAGUAGUCUAUAGUAGUCUACAGUAGUCUAUAGUAGUCUACAGUAGUCUAUAGUAGUCUUCAGUAGUCUAUAGUAGUCUACGGUGGUCUAUAGUAGUGUACAGUAGUCUACAGUAGUCAAACACACAACAUCUCUUGGGCGGUGCUUGGCAGAAACGUAAUUCCUUGGUUUCUAUUGUUUUCCUGUUGUUAUCUGGAGCCAUAUGCAUUGUUCCUAUAUUAUGUACGGUGACGGGUCAUUGUACAGCUUUAUGUUUAUUGAAAUAUUACAUUGUUUAAGAUGUACUUAUAUUUCCCAUGUAUUUCUCAAAAGUCUCACACAAUGUAUGGUAAGGUAUUGUAUAUUGUGAUCAUAAAUAAUUUAUAUGAAAUUAUUAAAAUGAGCAUGAAUUUG